UAUGGCCCCCAGGAGCCCCCUAGAACCCGCAGGGACUGCCCCCCAUCCUGGCCGCCGGGGCCCGCCCUCUGCAUCCCGCGGGCAGCCUGUGUGAAGCGGCCUCCCGCAGCCCCUGGCCCCACCCCCAUGGAGGAGGAGGAGUUGGGGGCGGCCAAGGAGUGGGGCACGACCCCCGCGGGGCCCGUCUGGACCGCAGUGUUCGACUACGAGGCGGCGGGCGAGGAGGAGCUGACCCUGCGGAGGGGCGACCGCGUCCAGGUGCUUUCCCAGGACUGUGCCGUGUCGGGCGACGAGGGCUGGUGGACCGGGCAGCUACCCAGCGGCCGUGUGGGCGUCUUCCCCAGCAACUACGUGGCCCCUGGCACCCCCGCCGCGCCCGCGGACCUCCAGCUGCCCCAGGAGAUCCCCUUCCACGAGCUGCAGCUGGAGGAGAUGAUCGGUGUAGGGGGCUUUGGCAAGGUCUAUCGGGCCCUGUGGCAUGGCGAGGAGGUGGCGGUCAAGGCCGCCCGGCUGGACCCUGAACGGGACCCAGCAGUGACAGCAGAGCAGGUGCGCCAGGAGGCCCGGCUCUUCGGAGCCCUGCAGCACCCCAACAUCAUUGCCCUCAGGGGCGCCUGCCUCAGCCCCCCACACCUCUGCCUGGUGAUGGAGUAUGCCAGAGGGGGCGCACUGAGCAGGGUGCUGGCAGGGCGCAGGGUGCCCCCUCACGUGCUGGUCAACUGGGCUGUGCAGGUGGCCCGGGGCAUGAACUACCUACACAAUGAUGCCCCUGUGCCCAUCAUCCACCGGGACCUCAAGUCCAUCAACAUCCUUAUUCUGGAGGCCAUCGAGAACCACAACCUCGCAGAUACGGUGCUCAAAAUCACAGACUUCGGCCUCGCCCGUGAGUGGCACAAGACCACCAAAAUGAGCGCUGCGGGGACUUACGCCUGGAUGGCUCCGGAGGUUAUCCGUCUCUCCCUGUUCUCCAAAAGCAGUGACGUCUGGAGCUUCGGAGUACUGCUCUGGGAGCUACUGACGGGUGAGGUCCCCUACCGUGAAAUCGACGCCUUGGCCGUGGCAUAUGGUGUGGCUAUGAACAAGCUGACUCUGCCCAUUCCCUCCACAUGCCCCGAGCCCUUUGCCCGCCUACUGGAGGAAUGCUGGGACCCAGACCCCCACGGGCGGCCAGAUUUUGGCAGCAUCUUGAAGCAACUUGAAGUCAUCGAACAGUCAGCCCUGUUCCAGAUGCCGCUGGAGUCUUUCCACUCACUGCAGGAAGACUGGAAGCUGGAGAUUCAACACAUGUUCGAUGACCUCCGGACCAAGGAGAAGGAGCUCCGUAGCCGCGAGGAGGAGCUGCUGCGGGCGGCGCAGGAGCAGCGGUUCCAGGAAGAGCAGCUGCGGCGGCGCGAGCAGGAGCUGGCCGAGCGCGAGAUGGACAUCGUGGAGCGGGAGCUGCACCUGCUCAUGUGCCAGCUGAGCCAGGAGAAGCCCAGGGUCCGCAGACGCAGGGGCAACUUCAAGCGCAGCCGCCUGCUCAAGCUGCGAGAAGGCAGCAGCCACAUCAGCCUGCCCUCCGGCUUUGAACAUAAGAUCACAGUCCAGGCCUCUCCAACCCUGGACAAACGGAAAGGAUCAGAUGGGGUCAGCCCGCCUGCAAGCCCCAGCAUCAUCCCCCGGCUGAGGGCCAUUCGCCUGACUCCUGUGGAUGGUGGUGGAGGUAGCAGCAGUGGCAGCAGCAGUGGUGGCAGUGGGACGUGGGGCCGCAACAGUGGACCCCCAAAGAAGGAAGAACUGGUUGGGGGCAAGAAGAAGGGCCGGACCUGGGGGCCCAGCUCCACGCUGCAGAAAGAGCGGGCUGGAGGAGAGGAGAGGCUGAAGGCCCUGGGAGAAGGAAGCAAACAGUGGUCAUCAAGUGCCCCCAACCUGGGCAAAUCCCCCAAACACACUCCCAUCACCCCAGGCUUUGCUAGCCUCAAUGAGAUGGAGGAGUUCGCGGAGGCGGACGGAGGCAGCAGCGUGCCCCCCUCGCCCUACACCACCCCGUCCUACCUCACGGUGCCGCUGCCCAGCCAGCCCUCCCCCGGGGCGCGGGCGCCGUGGGAGCCAACGCCGCCCGCCCGGCCCGGGCACGGCUCCCGGCGGCGCUGCGAGCUCGCGCUGCUGGGCUGCGCCACGCUGCUGGGCGCCGUGGGCCUGGGCGCCGACGUGGCCGAGGUGCGCUCGGUCAACGGCGAGGAGCCGCGGAGCUGGCUCGAUGGCCUCUUCUUCCCCCGCGGCGGCCGCUUCCCGCGGGGCCUCAGCCCACCCGGGCGCUCCCCGAGCCGCCGCGAUGACGCGGCCCCCGGCCCGGGCCUGGUGCCCUCGGCCACCCUCGUGUCGCUGUCGUCCGUGUCCGACUGCAACUCCACGCGUUCGCUGCUGCGCUCCGACAGCGACGAGGCCGCGCCGGCCGCGCCCUCCCCGCCGCCCUCCCCACCCGCACCCGCGCCCAGCACAAACCCCCUGGUGGACCUGGAGCUGGAGAGCUUCAAGAAGGACCCCCGCCAGUCACUCACACCCACCCACGUCACGGCCGCGCGCGCUGUGAGCCGCGGGCACCGGAGGACGCCGUCAGACGGGGCGCUGGGGCAGCGGGGGGCGCCCGAGCCCACCGGCCCUGGCCUUGGCCCUCGAGAUCCUCUGGACUUCCCCCGCCUGCCCGACCCCCAGGGCCUGUUUCCCACCCGCCGUCGGCCCCCCGAGUUCCCUGGCCGUCCCACCACCCUGACCUUCGCCCCACGACCCCGGCCAGCUGCCAGCCGUCCCCGCCUGGACCCCUGGAAACUGGUCUCCUUUGGCCAGACACUCAGCAUCUCUCCUCCCAGCAGGCCGGACACUCCGGAGAGCCCCGGGCCCCCCAGCAUGCAGCCCACGCUGCUUGACAUGGACAUGGAGGGGCAGAGCCAGGACAGCACAGUGCCCCUGUGUGGGGCCCACGGCUCCUUCUGAGGCCUGCCCACCACCGCCCGCCUGGGCAGCCAUGAAUGUAGCGCCCCAGGCCCCGCCCCAGCCCACCGUGCCACAAGGCAGGGGAGGCCCUGGGCAGGAUACUCACUCUAUUUAUUGGGGAAGGGGGGAGGGAGGGCAAUUAAUUUAUUCCUUUGUACCCGGGGGUGGGGGGGCCCUGUGCCUGCCCUGCGGUGGGGGGGAGGGUGGGCAGGGAUACUCAGGGACAGGGCAUCAUGGGGGAUUCGGCACAAAACGCAGCAUUAAAGGUAACCCCUGCCCCCUAC